AUGUUUGCUUUGCUUGCUCAACGACCUGAGAUGGCGCGUAUAAUACGUCCUUUUAUUGCCAUGGCCCCAGCAGUUUUUCUCGGUCACAUGUACAGCCCUAUGAGAGUUGCUUUGGCAUUUGACGGUCAAACUCUUCCUCACGUUCCUGGAGAGCACUUGCUCAGUAGACAGCUACUCAAUGAUGCCUUCCAGUAUGGCUUUUGUCGAGGAGUAGUUGGUCAAGAAUUUUGCUCUAUUUUCCUUCAAACUCUGCACGGUUCAUCCGAUUCUACAAAUAAUACUCGACUUCCAGUCAUUUUCCACCAUUUCCCAUCUCCAUCAUCUAACUGGCAAAUGGCCCAUUUUGGCCAAAGUGUAGUCACUGGAAAGUUUUCCUACUUCAACUAUGGAUCAGCUGAAAAGAAUCUCGCUGUUUACCAACAGAAAACACCUCCUGAGUAUCCGUUAGAAAAAAUUUCUUCAAAACUAAAAGUUGUAAUAAUGCAUGGAAACACUGAUAGUCUUGUAAGUGAAACUGAUACGCGUAAGCUGAUAAGUAUUCUGAAAACUGCCGGUGUACCAGUAAUCGAACAUAAAGUUCCCAAAAAGAAGUGGGCACAUCACGAUUUUGUCACCGGCAUGGGUGCUGGAAA